CUGUUCGCAUACCUCACAGCCUCUGGAUGGGCCCCUAUGACUAGGACAGCCUUCCUCGCGCACUGCAACAAAAUUUGGGUUUCGCAAGGUUUCCCUAACUUGCUGGGACACAUGUUUUGCAUCGGGGGUGCCACGGAGUUACUGCUUCAAGGUGUUCAUCCAGAUAUUGUCUCAACCCAAGGGAGGUGGUUGUCAGAUGCAUUUCUAGAAUAUUGG